UCUCAACAAGAGCAGUUGUCUUUCUUUUUCUUAUUUUAAUUUUAAUUUUCCUUUUGUCUUUGCCGAUCACCUGUUUGAUAAAAUGCCAAAACCAGGAGAAAAGCUCCACCAUCCAUGGCUAUUGCUCCGCCCAUCCCUGCCCUUAUCCUCCUCCUCUCUCUCUUUCCUUCCUCCAGCUUAAGACCCGAAAAUGGCGGCGCCACCCCUACCACCGCCGCAAUUCUUUCAUUCGACCGGCGCGGCAACCGCCCCUGACUCUCCCACUCCACUCUCUCUCCUACCCCAAUGCUCCUCGCUCAGAGAGCUGAAGCAAGUCCACGCAUUCGCCAUCAAGACCCACCUCCUGGACUACCCCUCCACCAUCACCAGGCUCAUCGGCUCCUGUACCGCCCGCCCCAACGCCGCGUCCAUGGCCCACGCUCGCAAGCUGUUCGACCAGGUUUCCCACCCCGACACCAUCCUCUUCAACAUCCUCUCCCGCGGCUACUCCCGGCUCAAUAGCGGCCUCUCCCUGGAGGCUGUCUCGCUCUUCGUUCGGGUGCUCGCCAUCGGGCUCACCCCCGACGACUACACCUUCCCUUCCCUCCUCAAGGCCUGCGCGGUCUCCAAGGCCCUCCAGGAAGGGAAGCAGCUCCACUGCUUUGCCCUUAAGCUCGGGCUUGUGGACCAUAACAUCUUCGUGUCCCCGACAUUGAUUAAUAUGUAUACGGAGUGCGGAGAUGUCAACGGGGCGCGCAGAGUAUUCAACAGUGUCAAGAGCCCCUGCGUCGUCACGUACAAUUCAAUGAUAACGGGUUAUGCUCGGGCUAGUAGGCCUAAUGAGACCUUGUCGAUGUUCCGGGAAAUGCAGGCUAGAGAUCUCGUGCCCAACGAUGUGACGAUGCUCAGCGUUCUCUCCUCUUGUGCGCUGCUCGGGUCAUUGGAUUUGGGCAAGUGGGUGCACGAGCACGUUAAGAAGAACGAGUUUGAUAGGUUCGUGAAGGUUAACACCGCCCUAAUAGACAUGUAUGCUAAAUGUGGGAGCUUGGAAGAUGCAGUUUCCGUAUUCCGGGAAAUGGAGCUUAGGGACACGCAGGCUUGGUCAGCCAUCAUCAUGGCACACGGGACUCACGGGCGCAGUUUCGAAGCUAUAUCAAUGUAUGAGGAGAUGAAAAGGGCGCGAGUUCCACCCGAUGAGAUUACCUUUUUGGGCCUCUUAUACGCGUGUAGUCAAACAGGACUGAUCGAGGAAGGAUAUAAGUUCUUCCGCAGGAUGAGUGAGGAGUGCGGGAUCAAUCCUGGAAUCAAGCAUUACGGGUGUAUGGUAGAUUUAUUAGGCCGAGCAGGACGAUUGGAAGAGGCUUACAACUUCAUAAACGAGCUUCCCAUUAAGCCCACGCCUAUUCUUUGGCGGACUCUGUUAUCUGCUUGCAGUAGCCAUGAUAAUGUACAAAUGGGAAAGCAGGUGGUCGAACAAAUUUUCAAGCUUGAUGACUCUCAUGGGGGAGAUUAUGUUAUCUUCUCGAACAUGUGCUCCCGAGCAGGUCACUGGGAGGAAGUAGACCGUAUGAGAAAGUUGAUGGGUGAUCGAGGGGCUGUGAAGGUUCCCGGGUGUAGCUCCAUAGAGCUGCACAAUGUUGUUCACGAGUUCUUUUCUGGAGAUGGAGUCCGCUCCAUUUCCAUGGCCAUUCACCGUUCAGCCGACGAGUUGUUUAAGGAGUUGAAGCUGGUGGGCUAUGUUCCUGACACUUCUCUGGUCAAUCAUGCGGAUAUGGAGGAAGAAGAAAAAGAAAUCACUCUCAGGUACCACAGUGAGAAGCUUGCAAUCGCCUUUGGUCUGCUGAACACCCCUCCUGGGACGACAAUCCGUGUGGUCAAGAACCUGAGGGUCUGCAGGGAUUGCCACUCAGCUGCGAAGCUCAUAUCCUCGAUGUUUAGUCGACGGAUAAUCCUUAGGGAUGUUCAGAGAUUCCAUCACUUUGAGGAUGGAAAAUGCUCAUGUGGGGAUUACUGGUAGACAAUAUACGGGAUGAUAGGUACAUAAUUUGUGCUGUUCCGUACAGAUACAGAUACUGCACUUGAUCUUGGCCAGAACACAGAGGCAAGGACUGGAAGCUUGGCUUGCUAACGAAUUGCCAUAUUCGUGAAUAUGGAUUGCCGAGGAAAAUACAUUCCAUAGAAGGCAGGAUCGUUGAAUGGUGUAAGUAUUUGUUUGUCCCAUAUGAGAGACGAUCAUCGGCCAAACGGAUGUUGCGGUGAACAUUGAUGUGGACAGAGGACAUAAAAGAUUUCAGGCAUAAAAUUUUGUCGUUCUCAAAAUAGUCAAUUUCAGGCGAUUGCCAAUAUUUUCGCUCCAAUAUUGUGGACAGAGGACAUAAAAGAUUGAGCAAACCAUUCUUCAGACAAUUGAAAAUCGCGGAUUUCACUGCAUCUGCUUAUUCUGCAGCAUGGAUCUUAGGGAUCGGAUCUAGUGGUUCUUCCACUGCAUAGAAGAGUCGGCGAAUAUCCUGGUUUCUCAUAAUACAACUAGUUCUCAAGGGGCUACAGGUUCCAUUUCAUAUUGAAGGCAGUUCUAGAUCUUUAUGGAGUGCUUUAAUAAGCGAGGCAUAGGUGGAUCCAUUAAUCUUUAUAUUGGUCUAAUUCAUUGAUACAUCAUAUGGCAAUCUUCAUUCAUACCACGGCAGUAUGUUUGAGUAUUAUGCAUAUUUAACCCGAGUUGUUCUUGGCCAAUUGAGCUUCUAACAGUCUUAGUGGUUUUCCUUGGGGAUUCAACUCCUGAUUCAAAUUCAUGACAUUUCUAGAUCAUUAUGAAGAAUUAUGCACAGUUGAUUCAUAAAUCAACCUGUUCUUCCUCAUAUUGAUCUAAUUGGUCGGUACGGAAACAUUAAUUGGGCACUAACUUGUUCCCAAAUUAAGCAAAAAAAGGUACAAUGGAGGGAAGUUAACUAAAAUAUUCCCACCUAAGAAAGUUUCUCCACAUUCGGACUGAAAGAAAAGAACUGCCAGGCGUGAAGGGAACACCAAGUGAUGAUAAAAGGCAAUCCAACAUCUGACCGUCAACCGACGAAGGAACCAUAAAAUACUCAGGUUCUCUCUGCCCUGCCACUCCUUCAGUCUUACAGUACAAAUAACGGUUAAUAGCUUCUGUCAAAGAGUCAUUACUCAACACUCCAAACCAUCUGAAGUUCCUUUAUACGAGAGAGAUGAAGCUCACCACUUCGAGGUUGAUAAAUGUCUUCCUGUCACUGCAGCUCUUUUCAAUAUAUCGCAAGUCCAUGACUUCGAUUUCUUCUACUUCGUUCAGCAGGUCAGUUAGUCUAAUACUGUACUACAUCAUAAGACGUUACACCUUGAGUUGUCUGAAUGUCCAUAAAUAUCGAGUCGUUACAGCAUUUUAGAUUGCUCGAUGAGCUAUGAUCAUUUUUCUGUUCUUAUAGUGGCCCGGUUCGUGCUAUAACACCAAAGAAGGGUGCUGCUACCUACAAUGGAUCUUCUCCUUCUUGUUGUGAUGGCACACCCUUCGAAACCGGAUUGGUUAUCGUCUUGACCAACCACUCUCAUUCGCAUAGAGGCUCUUAACUGUCUUGUGCUUGAUGAUUCUAUGAUAACAUCAAGUUUCAAAUCAUUUUCUGGUGCAUAUUUGAUCCCUUCUCUCCCACUAUUUAUGCAUGUCUUGAUGCAGAAAGCAUACGAAGUUGAGAUGUGAAGCCCUAUCUGACUAUAUCUGUUACGGUAAUGAUUAAUGUUGUAGCUUGGGGAUAUCAUACUACGUAUGGAAAAUAAUUGGCAGGGGCUAAUUUGCCCCAGCUCGCCCUUUCAAAUUCUGGAUGUAUGAAUGGGAAAGGCACGGCACUUGCUCAGAUGCUGUCCUCAAGGAACACGACUAUUUCGAAGCAGGUGUUGACCUUAAAGAUCGUUUUAGCCUCCGCGACAUCCUCAGUGGGGGGGGUAAAUUUACAUUGGUUGGUCUUCUUGGCAUGAGUACUUUUUACUAAAGACCCGAUACUAACAAGGGAAAACUUGCUCCAGGUAUAGUUGCAGAUGGGUCGUCCUACAACGUUGAGCAGAUUUGGGAUGCUAUCAACCACAUGACCAGGUACUUCCAAUCUAUCUCCCAGAUCAGGCCUGGAAUUAGCCACAUCGGGCUGGACCCGGCUCUUCAGAAAAAGGGAAAGUUUCUGCCUUAAUGCGAAAUGAUGAGCUUGCGGAUUCGUUGGGAGGUUUAUUCGGUGAUCCUAACUCGCAUUGGAUGCAUGCUUCAGUUUAUCAAAGUGGAAUCGAUCAGUUUAACUUAUAUUACUAUUCCUAUAUUGUUGAAACUUAAAAAAGAAAAAAAAA